UAAAUUAAUUUUUAGAGAGAUGGGAUAGAGAAAACCAUCCCUUCCAUUUAAGGAGAUGCCGAGAAGGCACAAGACCUGUCUGCCUUGCAGGCUGGGCAACACCAAAACCACCCAUUUAAUUUAGGGUUUAAUGUUUUUUUCUUCAAGGUUACUGCUUGAACCUUCAGUUGUAUUUAUCCCCGCAUUUCUCACACUCUAUCAUCUAAAUUCAUUUGCUGCUUCACAUCAGAGAUUUCGUGCACUCAACUCUCUUCUUGCAAUACCAAUCAAUCACCAUGGCGUCACUAACAGCUGUUUCUCAAAUCCAAUCCCUUUAUAGCAAGACCCAUGUCUCAUCACCUCAUCAAUUUCGUCCAAUUUUCUUGCCCACGAGAUUAUCAGUGAAGUUUCAGGUUCAUCGUGGCGUUUUUGAGAUGCCUAUGAAAGCGGUUAUCGUGUCCGAAACAACGGCCGAGAAACCCAAGAAGCUUUACCCUGAUGAGUCCAAGGGGUUCGUGGAGGAGAUGAGGUUCGUAGCCAUGAAGUUGCAUACGAAGGACCAGGCCAAGGAGGGUGAGAAAGAGGUCACGGAACCCGAGGAGAGAGCUGUGACCAAGUGGGACCCAACGAUUGAUGGGUACUUAAGGUUCCUCGUCGACAGCAAGUUGGUUUAUGAUACACUUGAGAAGAUCAUUGAAGAGGCUGCUUAUCCUUCAUAUGCUGAAUUCAGAAAUACUGGAUUGGAAAGGUCUGCUAGUUUGGCAAAAGAUUUGGAGUGGUUCAAGGAGCAAGGUCAUACCAUUCCUGAACCUUCCUCUCCUGGUCUUACCUAUGCACAAUAUCUUACGGAAUUAUCUCAUAAGGAUCCCCAAGCCUUCAUUUGCCACUUUUACAACAUCUACUUUGCUCACACUGCUGGUGGUCGAAUGAUUGGGAAAAAGGUUGCUGAAAAGCUACUUAACAGCAAGGGGCUGGAGUUCUAUAAAUGGGAUGGUGACCUUUCCCAGUUGUUGCAGAAUGUGAGGGACAAGUUGAAUAAAGUUGCUGAAGAAUGGACUCGGGAAGAGAAGAACCACUUUCUGGAAGAAACAGAGAAAUCAUUCAAGUUCUCGGGAGAGAUUCUUCGUCUAAUUCUAGCGUGAUAAUAGGUGCUCUGCUAUGUAUAGAGUAUGUGUAUUGAAGUGCAUGGCGUUAGCCAAGAACAUUAUGUCAUAUGUGUAUUAUUUAGUUUUCAAUUCGCUAAUGAAUAGUAGUGCUGGGAGAACAUUUUAUGGGUAAUACUGUGCCAAAAAACGUUGUUAUGAUAUUAACGUCAACGUUUAUUGGAACUUGAUUGUUAUUCUCGAAGGUUCCUGCUUCAUAUUGUACAUGUGGAUUGACCUGUUA